UAACCACCUAGAAUCUGGGUAUCAUGGUGACAUGUAAGUACCUUUAAUCCACUCGGCAAAUGGCAUCACUUCAAAGCGGUACAUGGUGGGAUUUGAACCUACGUGUGAACGUCUGCUCGAUCCCAUGCUCACCACCUACGUCACCAUAUCUAACUUGGAAAUACUGACUAAUUAUGAUGUUUUGGGAAAGGACUAUGAGGAGCGGAGGGGCCGAGGACGUGGGAGGGGUCGAGGCCGGCCCAGAGGACGAGCCAAAGCUCCACCCAGGGGAUUGCGUGUUCGGAAAAGGAAUAUGAUUGAAAGCGAGGAGGAAGAGGAAGAGCCAACACCUGAUGAGAACGACCCACCAAAAGCAAAGCAGUAUGACCAGGACUGUGACAUCUCAUCCCUGGAAGCACCCACCUUUACUACACUGGACCGAGGACCACCAGCACCUAUGCUGCGCCUCUCCUGGGACCACCCUGUCAAUCUCAUUGGAGAAAAAGUGCUUUCACCACGUAUCCACAUUUGUGAUUCGUGCAACAAGCCUAUCCUUAUCUAUGGCAGAAUGAUCCCAUGUAAGCAUGUGUUUUGCCUGUGGUGUGCCCGGAGUGAAGACCGAGUUUGUGCACGCUGUGGGGAACGUGUGGCACGAGUGGAGCAGACAGGCUUGGGUACAGUCUUCAUGUGUAACUACACUAUCAACAAAGCCGUGUGCAAACGCACCUAUCUAUCUCAGCGUGACCUGCAGGCACACAUUGAUCACCGUCACAUGAAGAUGUCAGGAACUGGUGGAGCCUCCAAAGAGGACAUCAAGGAAGAACGUCUCAGCCACCGUGAUCCUCGUGGGGAAGGCAGGGAUUCGCGUGGGGAUCCAAGGGGUGACAUGAGACAGGAUCCUCGCUCUAUGACUGAUCCCAGAAUUGGCAAGGAAGGUUAUGAGCACCGUGAAUCUUACUCUACUGCCUCUCAGUUUUCACGUCAAGCUGGACAAUUUGGUACCAAUACCCACCCUCAGGCACACCAGUCACCUUCCAGUCACCAGGGGUCAUCUCACAACAUCUCCCUUAUCCCAGUCAUGACCUCCUCACGGACUAACCUUAUCACUGUACCCCUCCAGGAUCCUCCAGAGCACUCUUCUCACUCUCCAUUUCCACACCCUAGCCCCACACACCCUCCACCUUCUCACAUGGCCCCUACACAUCCUCCUCCAUCACACUCAUUCACAAGCCCUCCUCCAGCUCAUUCCCAACCACAGACUUACUCCACCUCCUUCACCACUCCUUACACUCACAGUACCCAAUCUGCCCAGUACACUUAUCCUCCCAACCCUGCCACAGCACCACAGCAGAGCCAUUCAGUACCUCCACCCUUGUACUCUAAUGUUGCUCCCACUGUGCCUCCUCCAACUACCUACAGCAACCGACCUCAGUAUGAGGGCCAGUAUGGCACUACUCAGUGGUCCACCCCACCCCCUCAGGCACCUUCACACCAGUCAGCUUCCACUCUUCACCAUUCUUCUCUUUCCUCCGUACAGUCUUCUCAGUAUUACAGGAAGAACUUCUGAGAAAAAUCUGACAGGACAGUUAUUAUUUUCUGGAAUACUUGAGUUUUUGAGUUAUAGGGAAGAUCUUUUAUGUUUUGUUUCCUGUCGUGUCAGUAGAAUUCUCUUAUGCAUAUCUUUUAAAGUUUUGAAACUGCUUAUGAAGUAUGCAGUGGAGUUGUUUUUUCAUAUAUUGUUUUUAUACUGAAAUGGAUUUCAAAACUGUUGCUAUAAUUUUUCAUGGCUUCACCAUUCAUACUCAGCCCAUAUCCUGAUGCCAUACUCUAUGUACAAAGAAGUCUGUAUGUGUAUAUAUUUCCAGGCUCACUUUUACAUUCAUAUUAAAACUAUACUUUGUUAUCAGCAAUCAUUUUCAUUCACAUCACAGGAUAUCACAUAUAAAAACUCCUUUAAAAGUUUUUAUAGAACUUACAUAAUAGUAAAUACAGUAAACUUUCUCUAAUCUAAACUAAUUAGGGAGAGAUCAGGGUCAAAUUAGUUGAGUGUCUGAAUCAUCUAUUGGUUGUCUCAAGGCCCUUGUGUCUUGACUGCUGUGGUAAGGGAGUGAGAGAGGAAAGGAAGUGGGUCAGGGGCACCAUUAUGUCCCAGCAGGGAAGACAUGACAAUAAAAAUACUUACUACCUUCUCUUUCAUGUAUCACUUUUACAUGUACUAUGUAGAAUUUUAAUGCAUGCAAUUCAAAAAUAGAUUAUGUAUGUGGAAGAAUAUGUUUUAUUCUCUUCAUAUUUGCAGAAAAUAUUAUUAAUCAAAAGAUGUGUAAACCACAAAAACUUACUAUGCUGAUAUACAUUAUUAACAACUUGUCUUUUUUUUAUUGUAUAUGUUAUGAAAAUUGUGCAAGAAUUGUAGAUUGGUUAAUAUAAUGAUGUAAACUAAACCUUCAUAUCUUUUGAACUGGUAAAGGAAAUAUAAGCAUUUCCUGAAGGAAACAAAGAGGAUAAUGUAAUCCAUUGCUAGUGCCUCAGUCAAGUACACUUUUAAUCAAAAUGCACCAAAUGGGAGAAAUAGAGCCUAUUUUCUUAACUUAAUUAAAUAUAUUAUAACAAGGUCCAAACAAUUUCAACUUUAGAUUGUCAAGGUGGGAAAUUUGAAUUAGGCCUGAAGCAAGUUCAAUUAUUAUCCGAUGUCCGAAUUAUACAGGUGCAACUUGUAGAGAGUUUACUGUAUUGCUAUAAAAAUCUGUAUAUUUGUCAAAAUGAAUCACUAACUUUGUGACAUCAUGAAUGGACUCAAGAUUUAAAAUCACUAAUAAAUACUUUCUUUUUCUAUUUAUUAGCAGAUCACUGCCAACUUCUAAUGAAUUACCAAUAGAGCAUUUUUUUUUUUUUUUUUUUUUUUAAUAUAACCUAUUAGGUUAGAGUUUAUAUUCUGAGUAGUAAUGUACAAAACGUGCCUGAACAAUAUUUUCAGUAAGGUAGUAAUCCCCGCAUAGUAUAAUUUGCCACUGCUUUAAUUUGGCAUGAGUUUGUUGCUCUUUUUCCAGGCAAUUUUUAUACAUUAUUUGGUGUUGGUUUUAUAUAUUUUAUGGUAAGAUUAGUUUCUAACCACUACGUUUUACUUGGCAAUAUGUAUUUGCAUUUCAUUGGCUUGUUAGAUUUACUUUCUUUAGAUCAUGUAACAAGCUAUAUUUAUUGAAGCUUUUGAAAUUAAAUAUAGGUUCUUCUUAUA